UUGCAUUUUGAAACAUGUGACGUUUGGGCCUAGUAAGUUGUGCAAUCCCAUACCACGGCCGACCGAGGCACAGCACGCUGCACCUCUGAAUGUAGUGGAGAUAAGACACCGGUUUACAUGCGUGUGAAAUGCUGAGGGGACUGAACUCAGCUAAACUCUGCGAGAUGACUGAGGAGACGAUUUGAGGUGCAGUCUUGAGUUUCCAUCAACCUCACGGUCAACGGAAACCUCAGAGAAGAUGUUUGACUGGGACGAGGAGUGGAACAUCUCUUUUGCAGGCUGUGGAUUCAGGAGCAUUUACUACCUGGGAGCUCUGAGCUGCAUCCUCGAACGGGUCCCCCAUCUGGUUCAUGGUGCGUCGAAGUUCUGCGGAGCCUCAUCUGGUUGUCUGGUUGCUGCAGCUCUGACUGUUGGGAUUCCCAUCGAACAGGUCUGUGAUGAUGUGCUGGCCAUGGCGAAAGAGGCCAGAAAACACAGGCUGGGUGUUUUCCACCCGACCUUCAGUCUGCUGCGGGCGGUACGUGAAUCCCUGCUGCAGAAACUCCCAGCUGACGCCCACCGUCGGGCCUCUGGGAGGCUCUGCGUGUCCCUCACCAGACUGGCUGACGGGAGAAACGUCUUGGUGUCAGAGUUUGCCAGCAGAGAAGAGCUGGUUCAGGCUCUCAUGUGCAGCUGCUUUUUCCCAGUUUACUGUGGUUUCAUUCCACCUUCAUACCGUGGAGUGCACUACAUGGAUGGAGCCCUGAGCAACAGCAUGCCCCUGUUCGAGCAGAGGAACACCAUCACGAUGGCCCCGUUCUCGGGCGAGAGCGACGUCUGCCCCAAGGAGGGUACGUUCAACUUCCUCGAGGUGCACUACGGCAACGUCAGCAUCCAGGUCAACACCGGCAACGUGCAUCGCGUCUGUACAUCCUUCUUACCUCCUAGACCUGAGAAGCUGGCUGAGAUCUGCCACAAUGGCUACACGGAUGCUCUUCGCUUCCUGGGAGAAAGAGAUCUGCUCGGGACACAGUGUCUUCCCCCCAGUUUGUCGGCACGGAUGGACGCACUCACACCUGCUUGCUGUGCGCUGACGAAGGAAGCGGCUCGAGCGGAGUCCGAGACGACACCGCUGAAUGGACUAAAUCCCGCACAAGAAGAGCAUUGCUGGCUGGACCACCGAGUCAUAGAGAGCCUGCCGGCUGACAUCCAAAAAAUCCUGUGUGAGGCCUGCAGGGAGGGUCACGGCGGUGUCAGCUGGUGGUCUCAGCUGACCGAGUUCCUUCUGGUCAAAGGGGUCUGGAGCCUCCUGACCAUCCUCAUGCUGCCCGUCGAGCUGACCUUCUUACUCACCAAAGGUGUGAUACAGUCGGGCUGUACGGUAAUUUGCAGACUGUCGACGUGCAUCACUGAUUUCUGCGUUGGAUGCAAGGAAAACAACAGUGCGUCUCCCCAGCGGCGCUGCAGCGACAGGCCCUCUGGCUCUCAGAAACCAGACAGGGGGGAGACAAAGGCAUGACACCCUUGACGUCAACGAUCGCCCCAGUUUCAAACACAAAACUCCAGCGGGGCGACAGCGGUAACGUGGACCUCCUCUCCCUCAACUUGACCUGUAAGGUUUCACCCCACCUCCAAACAUUCAAAUUUGCCUAAAUGCGGCAAGGGGGCUUUAAACCACAGAAGUAAAAGGGCACAUCAUCAACCAUUAACCAGGCAAAUAAAAUAGACUUUUUAAAUUUUUUUAAAAAUUGUCACUUAUUACUUAUGUUACAUUAAUAACCAAGAGCAGCUUAAUAGAUAUUUAUACACGACCCCUAACACAUCUGUACUCAACGAGACUGAGAUGGUGACCGAAAGCUUAACUUUUACCAACAACAACUUGGGCUAACCAGAACUGAUCAUACUAACUGAUAUUGACUUACUCAUCAUACUAAAAAUAAAUCUUGAAGUUCAUGAAGGUACGUUGCUUUUGAGUGACCACCACUUUGAACACAGCGCACGAAAUCAUUCCAGAGUCGGAAUUUCAUCAAGAGCUGACCAGAAGAACCAAAGUGAUCAUUUCAGCGCAGGGUUUCAGAGUCGAUUUCUAGGGUUACCUGCUCAAUGCGACCAUUUUAUCGCCAAUAUCCACUUCAUCCAGUCUGUGUGAAAAUAACUGAUGAUAUAAAUAUUACGUUUAGUGGGAUAUCAUACAAAUCCUUGCAAGAAUUCAUUUUUAUUUAUAUGAAGAUUUUUACUCAUGUAACUUGUUAAUACUUCCAAGUGGACAGUAUGCAUGUACUACAGCAGGGAGAGUAACAACACCCUGUGUUAUGCUGCUGGAGAGUUCUGGAGCCACUGAAAUCUUUGCCGGCGGGACUGUCCCCCAGAUGAUCUUGACCUCUGACCUCACUGAGGAUGAGCCGCAGAGAGACUCCUCAUUGAUUCCCUAUAACUGUGUUUAAAGGAAUGUCGAUUUUAGGGAAGCAGAGGGAGUACAGAUUGGGUUGAAAUUCAGUGUAAAAUGUACAGUCAAACCCACUGACUGCUCAAUCUCGGAAUUCAAAGGGUCCAUUCAAAGAUUUGUCAGAGUCAGCUGGUUUGGUCCGGGGAGAAGACGCUGCUGCUACUUAUGUCAUCGUCAGAUCUGUUAAUCUACCUCUGUUAAGGUGUCGGGGGCUCAGUGGUCAAAAGGUUCGCACCAAUGUUACGGACAUCGCGGAUCAGAC